AUGACUGCCACUGAAAGCAGGCCGCUUCUCGACAAAUACAUGAGCCUUGAUCAAGGCGAGCGAGUUCAAGUCUUGUACGUUUGGAUUGAUGGAACCGGCGAAUCCAUGCGUUGUAAAACGAAGACAGUAGAUUCCGAACCAUCGAGUCAUGACGAGCUCCCGAUAUGGAACUUCGAUGGUUCGAGCACAUACCAGGCUGAAGGUUGUAACAGCGACGUUUAUCUUCGCCCCGUCGCACUGUUUCGUGAUCCCUUCAGGCGAGGAAAGAACAAGAUCGUGUUAUGCGAGACUCUUAACUUCGAUCACAAGCCGGGAGUUUCGAACCAUAGGUUAUCCUGCAUACAAGCCAUGGACGAACCAACAGUCAAGGUUAGUUAACGUGGCGUUCGACACGUUGAUGUUGUUGUUAUUUUAAAACUGGCGAGCUUGAGCUACUUUUGGCAUAACCUUACUUUUUUAGUCGCUCUUUUCACGCUUUUCUUUGCCAUUUAAACUAUUCGAUAUCUCAGUGUGAAAAUGAAGAAAAUCUACACAGAAAAAGGUUCAUGUCAAAGCUUUAUUUAAGGAAGACUGUUUUUGUUCGUAGUAAAACGCCGUUCGGCGCCAAAAUUUGCGCGGCAAAAUUAAUUAACCAAGAAAAAUGCCAAGUUAACGCAUGACUUGACCCCUGAAAUGUUCAUGUAAUUGCUCGAAACUUCUGCGAAAGUCUAGCCCAGAGUAAUCUUGUCAUUCAAUGAAUCUACAUGGUUAUCUGAAGUGUUUUCACUGACAACGUAGACCUUGAACCCUUUUGAUUAUUAAUUUUGUUAUUAUGGUAAGGUAGUGUUUUCCGUCCCUGUCCCUCUUUCUUCCUGUCUUUCUCUCUUUCUUUCACAUCAUCAUUGAUUGUCGUUGUUGUUUUUUAAGAAACCUAAUGUUGGAUUGAAAAAUAGGUAGUUUGCCAAAAAAAAAUUAUCGAGUCGAUCAAUGAGCUUAUAAAAAUUAUUCGUACCAGUGUCAUGUUCCCAAGGUUAAAAGAGCUGCUAAAGAUCGUAGUUAUUGUACAGUGUGUUAUCGACUGCAGUGAACUCAUAUCGUUUUUAAUAGGUAGUGAAUCAAUUUCGUUUGUAGAGGUUUUUGUAGGUGGGUGGAAUGUUUACAUUUUCACAAUAAGCUGGGUAGCUUGCAUGUUUGGCGUUCUUAAGGCGUCGUUCGUCGGUGUGGUUUGACCGCUGGUACAGAAAUGUCGUUGUGUAAACGGAAAAAACGACAUCCCAUUACCACUACAUUAAUUUUAUUGUUAAGUGCAAACUUGUUAAGCAAUGAUCGUACUUAACUGUCGUAAUUUCCUUUCAUUGUCACCCGAAUUCCUCUGAUUUAAGCAGCUAAGGUGAUACCCUAAACAACAUCACCAAUAGUCCUAGGUAGCAUUGACCUCGUAUUUCAGUAGAUUUUUCAAACUCUUCAUUGGAACCUUACUGAUAUAAUAAAUACCUAUACUAAGGAAACUGUGGUCCAAUGAAAACUUUCUUUGUCCCAGUUAUGUAGGAACAGGUCCCUGAAAGAACAUAUUCCAUAACAAACAAACAGCUUCUCAGUCUCUUGGCUAAUCGUUGUGCCAAGUUGUAUUGUAAAAAUUCAGCUUUGCAUACUUGCCACAACACAUUUUUUUUCCUAUCAUAACUCAUACUUUCCUUAAAAUAUGAGGACAAGGUCAUUUUUUAAAAGUCAAUGACAAAAUGCUGCACUUAAGAAAAAAAACAAUUAUUUCCAAAAUUUUGUCAGCGUGUGUUGUGCACCUGCAUAAUGUUUCCUGAAUUCUUUGGGAAAAAAUAAAGCCAGUAUGGCAUAAUUUUACUUUGGGAGUAUGUUGACUUUACUUGAUUAAAUAAAAUUAAUGUUUAACAUUAUUGUUCAUCUUAGAGUUCCAAGCCUUGGUUUGGUAUUGAACAAGAAUACACAUUGCUGGACAAAGAUGGUCAUCCUCUUGGCUGGCCAAAAGGUGGGUUCCCUGGGCCACAGGGACCCUACUACUGUGCUGUUGGUACUGGAAAUGUGUUUGGACGUGACGUGGUUGAAGCUCACUAUCGUGCUUGCCUGUAUGCAGGUGUCAAAAUUGCAGGAACAAAUGCGGAAGUUAUGCCAGCUCAGGUCAGGACUGUUGGGUUUUAGAUCAAUUUAGCUGCCAACUUUGAAUUAUAUUCUAAGACAUUCAGAGAUUAGUCAGUUCUAUAGUAAAAUAUUGUAAACUUGUGGUCAUUUAGCAUGUAUAUACUACAAAUUGAGGGUCUGAGUGUCAAGACUUUGGACAGUGGUUAUGGUGGCAGUUAGAGCAUUUUGAUUCCUCUUGGCUAUAUAGUGAUACAGACUCGGCUAGAACUUAAAUAUAGAAACAAGCUACAAAUUAAGGCUGCAAUAAUUAUUAUUAAUGUAUCGACCACCCCUUCCACUGUUGGGGUAAAAUUUUGACAAAGGACAUGGCCUGGUGACCAUAAGACUAGCUAAAAUGGCGACAAAUAACAUUAAGAUCUGUUAAAUAUGGACAGGGACAUGGCGUACUCCACAAAAAUAACAGGAAACAACCAGAUUUGAAAUUCAGACCUCUUCAGGCCUCUUCCAUUCCUGACCAGCUGUGGUUGAAGCGUGUGACUUCAUGCUAGGCACCUUAGGCAAGGAUUGUAACAAAAAGGAGCAGAGGUUGGGUGUAGCUGAGUAUUUCGGAAGUAUAGCAAGAUAAUUCCACAACACGAAAAAGUAUUAUUGAAAGCUGUCACAUUGUCAUGCUGAACAUCCUUUUUUUUUUGUUUCCAGUGGGAAUACCAAGUGGGACCCUGUGAAGGAAUCGACAUGGGAGACCAGCUAUGGAUGUCCAGAUUUCUCUUGUAUCGUGUCUCUGAAGAUUUUGGUUACAAAGUUUCCUUUGACCCCAAACCCAUUCCUGGAGACUGGAAUGGAGCGGGAGCACACACCAACUACAGGUUAGUUGAAUUUUUUUAGUACCAUUUCUGGUCAAACAGCAAUUCCAUGUUUUGACGGGCCAGUAUGUUGUCCCUUUGGUAAUAAGCCCCCUAACUCAAAGGUAAGUAGAGUUUCCUGUAAAUGAUCUGCACUGCUCUGAUGUAUUUCUAUAGUUUCUCUUGGUCCCCCUUCCUCCCACCCCUUCCACAGUAACCUAAAAGCCAAAUUCUAACCUAAUCAGGGAAUCUAGAGCCACAGAUGUGUCACCCUCCCACUUAAGCCCCACUAUUAAAAUACAUAUUCUUCACACUUUUUCUGUGAUAUAGUUCCAGUGAAGAGAUUUUGCCAUAUAAUUGCAGUUAUAAGCUCCCCACCCCACGGAAACAGUUACUUGUCCCUUUUCAACCCACUCAUACCCCUUACAAAGUUGUUAAGGCCAGGGCCUUUGAGGAAAAUUUAAUAAUUUUUGCGAUAGCCUGAACCUUAUCUUAUUUCCUUCCUCCUUAGCACCCAAUCCAUGCGUGAAGAGGGAGGGAUAAAACAAAUUUAUGAAGCCAUUGAGAAACUCUCCAGCCGCCACACCUACCAUAUCAGCAUGUAUGACCCAAAGGGAGGAGAAGACAACAAGCGCCGUCUGACAGGUCGUCAUGAAACAGCCAGCAUCCAUAGCUUUUCACAUGGUGUUGCCAAUCGUGGUGCCAGUGUGCGAAUUCCACGCCAGUGUGCAGAAGAUGGUAGUGGAUACCUUGAGGAUAGGAGACCAGCCUCUAACUGUGAUCCAUACAGAGUUACCGAGGCUAUAGUCAGAACAACAAUCAUGGGAGAGACAGAUUAAGUUAUUUAAUGUAAUUGGCUGGCCCAAGUCUUGUAAACGGGAACUUUAGUACGAGUUAACAUAUUUAAUCACAAACAUGUUUAAUGCAUAUUAUUUUCACAUGUAAUUCCCCGGGAUUCUUUUGUUUUCAAGUCACAUCAAAAUCAUUUUGCCUGUUGCCUUACAAUAGUUAUUCCA